UAAUUCUAGAGAGAAAAAACACAACCGAAAGGGAAGAGGACAAAGGGUCAAAGGUCAUCCUCCUAGCAACACCAGUGUGACACUUUGCACGACUUCUCGUACUUUUCCUGACGUUUUCUUCGUCAUGAUUGACAACAGGAGGGUCAGGUAGACACAACUGAGAUGUCGCAGGUCCAGUUCGCCAUGGUGCCCAGCCCCCCAAAGGGCCCCUCCCCCUCGGGCUCCAAAGCCCCCACCCCCCUGGGGGAGGAACACGCCUCCCCCACCCUCCAUGCACUCACCAUGGCCAAGAGCUUCGUGCGCAGAUGGAGACGAAACCACGAACAGCAGGUGAUGGGGAGGAUCCAGGGAAUGAGGGAAGAAAAGAAGCGCAGGCUGGAGGAGUCCCGAGAGGAGGCCCAGCGACUGGCCAGCAAAGUCCCGAUCGACAUCCUGACAAAAGACUGGCUGAACGAUGACAAGGUGACGAUCGACGUGCGCUGCUACAUGGUGGACAAACUCCUCCCCACCCUGAUCCUGGGGGUGGAGAAACUUCUCCGGGAGGUGGAGCGCCGCGGGCUCGAGCACACGGAGGGUGUGACGCGGGACUUCAACCCCAUCAACUACCUGGCCCAGUACCUCAUGAGGAACAACCCGCGGUACAGCAACUUUGCCGAGGCCUCGCCGUACUUCCGAGGCAUGCAGGAGGUCUCGGAACAGCUGAAGAGGGAGGUCAUGUCCUAUCAGGACACAAGGCUUGCGCGUGUGAAGGCCGAGGCCCGGCAGAAGCGGGAGGAGCGAGAGAUGUCGGAGCGGCUGAGACAGCUGGAGUCCACGCGGCGCGUCGAGAGCCUGAAGGCUCAGUUCCACCACUGGAUACGCGACGAGGACGGGAACGUGCAGCUCUCAUUGGUUCAAAGUGCACUGAGAUCCUUUAAGGAGAUUGUCGCCCAUCUUCCGGAGGACAUACAGGCAGUGUCUGCCUUCAGUAAGGAGCUGGAGCCCACAGAUGAGACAGGGAAGGGGCUGGGCCAGGAGGCCUUCAUUAACGUGAGUCACUGGCCGAUUAUUGAGCUGGAUGAGAUGGACGAUGCCCUGAGCCUGAGCGAGGACGAACUUGACCUUCAAGUGUCGGAGAUGACGGAAGCAACGUCCGUUUCCCAGGGUACAUCAGUCGCACCACAGGUUUCUGAUGAAGGAGAAAAGAAAGACCCGGAGAAGGAGACUCCAGCCAUCGCUGAGGUGGCAGAAGGAGAAGAAACAGCUGAGAAGGAGGGGAAAGUACCAGAGGCAGCAGUGGAGAAGGGAGAGAAGGAAGGAGAGAAGGAAGGUGGAGAAAAGGAAGGGGAAAAGGAAACUGAGGAAAAGGCAGCAGAAGAGGAACCAAAAGGAGAAGAGACAGCAGAAAAGAAGGAAAAAGAUGGACAAAAGGAGGGAGAGGUACAGGAGGAGAAAGCAGAAGAGGAGAAAACUGAAGGUGAUGCCAAGGAGGAAGGAAAGAUUGAAGAAAGCAAGACUGAAGAAAGUAAGACUGAAGAAGAGAAGGCUGCUGCACCUAUGGAGGAGGUGAAGGAGGAGCCUGCUGAGGAGGCAGGUCAGGAGGAUGCUGCUGACAAACCUGAGGAGAAACCAGAGGAACAGCAGGAGCAGGUAACCACGGCAACAGAUGAGAAAAAGAAAGAGGAGGCAGCUGAAGAGAAAAAUGCAGAGAAAAAGGAGGAGGGUAUGUCCGAGGAGCAGCAGAAGGAGGCAUCAGAAGAAGCUGAGACGUCUCAGCCUGAGAAGGAGGUGUCACAAGACAUUCCGGAGACGGAGGGACCUAAGGAGCCUGCAGAAGUUACAGCAGCAGCAGAAGCUAGAACAGAAGCAACGGAAACAAAGAGGGAAGGAGAGGAAGAAACUACAGUAACAGUAACUACGGAGUCAGAGAAACCAGAGGUUAAGGAACCAGAAACAGCUGUCAGGGAUGAAGCGACUGAGUCUCCUACCAAGACCCGGACCGGCAGAGUCAGCGUGACCUUCUCAUCAGAACCACCUCAGAUGCUGGGCAAUGACCUGCUCCCACCCAUGACCCCUGACCUGAACCGCAGCAGUUCCCAGAUGACGCAGAUGACCGGUACGAGUGUGUUUGACGAGAAUUCCCUGAACCUGAACCAGUUCGUGCAGCUGGUGGAGACGUUUCUGGGCGACCACCCGUACCACGAGGCGGUGGACCGGCUGGUCGGCUACAUCCAGUCUGGGUACGUGGAGACGGAGGAGGAGAAGAUGUCACGGCUCGCAAAGGCACGGAGAGACGCGAUCUCGGCGCGGCACAAGUACCUCCUGGACCAGCUGUUUGAGAAGUGGGACAACGAUGGGUCGGGUUUCCUGGAUCUGGAGGAGGUGCAGACCAUCCUGCUGAAAUAUAAGGAGGGGAUGGAGGCGGCGAUCAUCAAGAAAGCGAGAGCCAGUCUGAAGAAGAAGUACCGUCUCCAUGACAACCGGAUGAACCGGCGCGAGUUCCGCACGUUUAUCGAGGACGUGGUGCACCAGUUGCCGGGAGACGAUAACGAAUGCUUCGAGGCUGUGAUGGAAUAUCUGCGUGCCAGCGUGGAGAGAUCGUACACAGAGCGUAUCCGUGGUGACGCCAGGAAGAAGUGGCUCCAGCUGAUAAAGAUCGCAGCGGAAACGGGCGGGGCCAGCAUGGAUCCUGUCUACAGGGCCGUCUUUAACGCACUCUAUAAGGAUCAGGAGGCGCACGGUGGGAAUAAGAAGAUCAGCGCAUACAUCGCCAUGUUGGAGCGUAACGAUCUCCAGCCGUCGCGGGGAGAGACGUUGCUGCGAUACGUGGCCGUGACCCCGGACGAUGCGCCCCUCAUGCUGGGCAAGGCCAUGUACAAGGACAUGAAGGGCAUCAGUUUUGCGUCAGUUGAGAGCGGGAAGCCGAUCCACGUGCCCCGAGUCAUGAUGCACGGCAACAUCCACCUCUGGAACCCUGAUCGCAAGGACCAGGAGGUGGAUGGCUCGUUCAUGGUAGUCCCGCUGAAGGACCACCGGAAGAGGGUGUUCGGGAUGCUGGGGAUCGACACGAUGGCCGACCCGCACGACAGGAGCAUCUUCGUCACUCAUGAGAUCAGCUUCUUCCAGGGUAUUGCGAAGGCGUUCAGCGUGGCGUUCCACUACAUUGACAUCCGGCGGAAGAUCCUUCGUAUUGCAGAGAGCGCUGUCCACUGGAUCCACCGGCGCAGCGUCAAUGUGAAACAGAUAGACGUCUACAUGGUGGAGCCGGGGGCAAAGGAGCACGACUUUGUCCUGCGUAAGAUGAUGACGACCGACAAGAGCGGGAACUCCAAACUGUACGAGGAUCCGCAGAGGCUGGAGAGGAAGGACAACCUGUUCAGAGACUACCUGUUCAAGAGCGUGACCAACUCUGAGACGGUGACGGCCGACGCGUACGGCGAGCGCCACACGGCGUUCCCUCUCCGUGACAACGACGGGCGGGCGGUGGCUGUGGUGGACAUCAGUAUCGGGGAGCUGCGGGAGCUUCCCCACGCCGAGCAGCGGGAGGUCACGAGGAUGCUGAAGAUUCUCCAAUCUGCUCACAAGGAGGUGGAGAAGGAGUCAGCCGGCGCGGAGAAGAAGAGAGUCUUGGGAUCUGACCCGGAGACCAUCCUCACACAUCUCAGCGACAUCCCUCAUGGAGCUGUAUCGAAGCACGGAUCGGUCCCAGCACAGUACCUGUACAACUGGGCAUUUGUGGUAAUCUCUCUGGUGGAACACACAUCCAAGUCUCAGGACGCCGGCCGGCCACAGGCCUUCUCUCCGCCACCGGGCAGCUCCGCCAGUACCGACACCAACGCUACAAUAGACGCAGCGCUAAAGGCAGAGUAACCGAAACUUGUGCAGCUGUUUAUUUAAGCCCUAAACAUCUUUA